AUGGCGAGAAGACCUCGGGCUGUCAUUAUGCGGCAAGCAAUGGCAUGUCAAGGUAUUGAUCUAAGAGACGGUCUGUCGGCCAUCAGUCCCUCAAUUCCCAUCCUUUCAUUACACGGUCAAAGAGAUCAGAUUGUCGGAUUCAAAGAACAGGCCAAAAUAUUAGAAGCUAUACCUCAUGCUCAGAAAGCAAACGUACCUGAUCUAAAAUUUGGACAUAUGUGGUAUGAUUAUUUUGGCACUGAGGUUUGGGGGAAGAUAUUGGUAGAUUUUUUGGAUGUAGAUGGACGCGGGACUAAGCUUUAA